UUUUCAAUAGUAUUUCAACAGUUUAAGCAUUAAAGCAUCGAGGUAGAAAUCAUGCCUAAAGUAACCCAUGAAUCCCCUGGAAAAAUCAGGAGGCGAGGUAGAGCUUUGAUAUACCACCGUGGACCACUGGCCAAAAUAUCCCACCAGAAAUGGCCACUAGAAAUCGGUGAUGGGGGACAUAGUAUAUAUGGCAAUAUGAAUUAUCUGGAUAUGGACACGAUAAGAAUGCAUCGAAUUCAGCAAGAUAGGAUAUCAGUGCUUAAUGUGACUGAAGGACAAAUCCUAUUCAGGCGAGUUCAAGGAUACGUCAGUCGAAGGCCACAAGGUAAUAACUUACUUCCUACAUAUGAUAGGUUCUUGUUUGAUCUUGACGUAGGAGAGUUUGGUUGCCAUUGUGUUCCGGAAAUUGGAUAUAGGUGCUCUCCUUCACCUUGUCCAGAGGUCAUCCUAGCACGUAACUUAUCGGAGAAGCUUUGCCCUUUUCAGGGAAAGCUCGGUAGCCUUUAUGAUGAUUCGAUCGGCUCAGAACACUUAUCCGGCUCAUUGCCCAACCCUACAUCUCGGGCGGAAUGUCCGUGCUUUUCGCAACACAAAUGUACGACAAAUGAAACGGCAAAUUUUGAUAAGUCGCUGUAUAGUAUUUAUAAUACCGAGAAAGAUUUACCUCCAGUACCUCUCAUCGAAUGUCAAACUAGCAGCAUCCCGAAAAAAGAAGAAAAUAGGACGGGCAAACUUCCAGACCUCGAAAAUUUAGAAAGCUCGAGCACUGGAGGUUUACGUGAAGUCGAGAGAAACUACAAAGAUCACUACGAAGAUCAACACUUCAGUACAAGCAUUGAGAGACAAGGGGUACCAGCAGCACAGUCCCCACAGCCGUGGGGCCGUGAAGAAGACCCAGCCGGGAAAGUAUCCCAGAGCAAGCAGACUAUACAAUCUGACAAUGGUGGUGGGUGUCCAAGGAAGAGAUGGCUAGCAUGUCCCUGGUAUAAGAAGGACCCAGUGAGAUACUCCAGCUGCGCAAAAUAUAAAUUAUUGCGCAUUAAGGAUGUCAAGCAACAUACCUACAGGAGGCACAUGAAGCCUACCGUCUACUGCUCCGUUUGCUUCCGAGUAUUUUCGAGGGAGAAGGAGAGAGACAGGCACAUGCAAAAGAAAACCUGCACCCCUAGGAGCGAGCCGGAAUUCGAUGGGCUAUCGGAGCAGCAAAGAAAGGAGUUAAACCAAAGUGCCAACCGUGGGAAAGACGACACGGAACGAUGGUAUUGCAUGUGGGAUACAAUUUUUCCCGGCGAGCGCCGACCCCUAUUGCCGUACCUCGGUGUCGGCCGGCAGGAAUUACUACCGCUGCUUCGGAGUUUCUGGAACCAAAGACACCAAGAGAUCAUACGCAACGUCCUGCAGGGGGGGUCAUCGCAACGCGAAAUAGAACCUGAAAUAGUCCAAAACGUCAUGGAUACCAUCUUCGACAGAUUCGAAGCCGAAUCCCUAAUCUGGGAUUCCUACCCCAACGAGCAUUCAGGCGACGACGAGUCGUCAGAGACUUCUAACCCCCGAGCACAACAAUCUCCCGUGAUCUCGAACGACAUUACCAUAGAGGACUCGCCCUCUCAACAGGACAUCACAGAUUAUGGGACGUUAUACGAACCCUCGGGGAACCAGCUCGGUUUAGAACCCGAUCUUUCUUUGGAGCACAUUAGCGACGGUGGUUUCAACGAGGACAUCUACAAUUGGCCUCAAUUUGACUUAUCUCAAAAUGGAAGAGCGUACCCGUAUGGAAACUCGUAUUCUACCUAG